GGAUGAUUUCUCCACCAGAUGGCCGUCACAGUUCUUAAUAUCAAUGUGCUUCUUAUGAAUCUGCGAGCGCGCACAUAAUAAGGAACGUGAAUAUCAAUUGUUCGGUUCCACAGGCCCCAGAUCAUUUGGCGCAAUAAUCUGGCAGAAAGUCAACCUCAAAGUUUAAUCCGUUAUACAACUACCAAUCAGAAUGGCUACCACCGCAGGAUCUCGCAAUAAUACCAAUGGAGUUCUUUCUGUCACAACUACCCAGACAUCAGGAAAUGCCUCUAAGCAAGCUGCUAGCAAGCCAGCAGGUUCCAAAAUGAAACUUAUUGUUCGUCGACUAGCUCCCGGAUUGACGGAGGCGGAAUUCUGCUCAUCACUUGGGGACGAAUGGAAGGUAGGGCAAGGGAAGGUCGAUUGGUUUCAAUACAAACCAGGAAAGGAUUCUAAAGACCCCUCCAAACCAUCUCGUCCUUCUCGAGCGUAUCUCCACUUGACCAAUAGUGACCAUCUUUUGCCAUUUUCCGACGUCGUGCGCAAAUCCAGUUUUGAAGAUGCAAAAAAUACAUACACAAAUUCUUGCCUUAUUGGACCACCCACUGUCGAAUUUGCACCAUACAGCAGAGUCCCCGCAGGUCUCAAACGUCGUACAGAUGCCCGCGCUGGAACAAUCGAUCAAGACCCAGAGUUCAUGGCAUUUCUAGAAGGUUUGGCUAAUCCAGUCACUACGAAAGAAGUUGGCGCAGAGGGCGAAGAUGCCCCAACAGGAAAGGCCGAGAAGGUCACAAUAACUCCCUUGGUUCAAUUCUUAAAAGACAAGAAGGCCAAUAAGACGAAGGAAUCAGCAGCCAAAGCAGCGAAGAAGCAGGAAACUUCAAAGUCCAAGACGAGUGAAGGAUCGAAUUCUACAGGUGAUGGCAAGAAGUCUAAUAAGGAUUCCAAAUCCGACAAAGUUGGGGCCACACAAGAAGCUGUCAAGAUUUUGAAUAGGGAAGUUGGCAAGAGAACAGCUGCGUCAGCCUCAUCGGCAGCCUCCGCCUCUGCUUCAUCUAGCACUGAAAAGAAUGUACCUAAGCUUGAUACUUCUAAAAUUCCUGCAAAUGAAAGACAAGCCGUUGUCGCUGCUCAUGUUCGUAUGCUUCGACGUGAUCUCGGACUCAAUCCCUCACAGGCGCAUCGUCGCAUCAAACGCGAUACAGCUAGUGCAGUAAAGGCGGAGUCUACCGAAAAGCCCACGGUAACUUCAAACAAUACCGCAUCUUCUCCAGCAACUCCUACAACGCCCACAGGUCCAAAAGCUCCUCCCGCUCAGCCUAGUGCUCAAUCAGGUAGCCGAAGAUCUAGGAGAGGAAAUCAAAAUCAUAACACCGAAUCAUCUACGAAUAAGCCGUCGAAUACCACUACUUCCGCCCCAACCACACCCAUGGUCUUGCUUAGAAAGCCCGAUAAUCAAAGACCCCAACAACGACCAAGUACCGCCAGUUCUCAGCCUUCAUCUACUCCCCAAGUUCAAGCAAAACCAACUGCAAAAGUUACUCCAUCUGCUUCAGGUACGGCACCACCUCAACAAUCUACUUCAAACCGAGGGUCAAAAACUCAGGUGGAUGCUUCAUCCAAAAUAUCCCGACAAGCUUUCAUCAAACAUGCCAAUCCGUCUCAGGGUGUAACCGAACCAUUGCUAAAAGAAGCAUUAGAGAGGUUUGGCAAAGUCUCCAUGGUUGAGAUAGACAAAAAGAAAGGCUUUGCAUAUGCCGACUUUGAAGAUGCAGAAGGUUUGAAGAAGGCAAUGGCUGCGAAUCCAGUUUCCGUGGCUCAAGGCACUGUCCAUGUUAUGCCACGAAAGGGAAAUACUGGAAAUCCAGUACCACGUGCUGGUCCGGCUCCUAGAGCUCCUGCUCCUGCACCUGCUAAUCCCGCUUCUCGUGGUGGCAGAGGUGGAACUAUGGGAAGAAGGGGUGGUAGAAACGGAGGUGGAAGAACUCGCGUGGAUAUUCCAGCCGCAGACUCUUCGAAAUCUUCUCCAGCCGCGGAUUCUUCAAAGUCUACUCCAGUCACGCCUGCAGGACCAGCUCCCAAGUGAAGCUUUCAUUAUUCAGAACGAUGGUUCAAUGAAUUCUCGAAAUUUUCUAGCGAUGCUUCGCCAAUCUAUUGAAAACAUGAGCCAUUAUCGGGUAUACGAGACUUCAAUGCGUCAUUGGGAGUACCCAUCAAAGUGUCUCGAAGGCUACAAAAGCCCAAGAAUAACAUACAAAGCAGCACCUGAGUUUAUUCUCAGCUUGCCAAAUUUUGGUCUGAAGCUCAUAGUGAUGUGAUUAUGUAUAGAAGAAGCAUAGGUUACGAGCAUGCGCGCAAGGCCAUAGAUGACGGUGAGAGGGGGGGAGGGUGGAGAGCUAGGAAGUAUUGGUUCUUAGGGGUAGGAGGUUUUGACCUGAAUACAAUUACACGGCUUCCA